UCUGAUCAUCGGAAGCAUUGGGAUGGCGACAAUUGCACAAAUAUCGUGCAUGGCUGGGUCCAGGAAGCGAGAUCAGAGUGUUUAGUGGGGGUGGGAAUGAAAGAAAGACGCGGCGACAAAAAGCGUAUAAAUAUGGCCCCUGGGAAUUGCAAAGGCUCAUAAGGAUUUCAGCAGUGGACUCGUGUAUAUCAUGUUCUUACUACAGAGCACUCUGGUGGCCAUCCUGGCGAUGGGCGUGAGUGGACAGCAGUACCAUAGGACGCAGACAAACCAGCGGUCGCAACAAUUCGACAGCAACAACCACGGCGUGCCGCACGGAGUGUCCAGGCAGUACGCGCAUUUCGCAGGACCAGUCUCGGGCGCCGAACACCAAAUCGUCGUUCCAAAGCACUACCCUGGCGCGGCCGCAGGAACUUCAUUUGAUUUUGUGGCGAAGCCCGACUACAAAUUCGGCUACGGAGUGGAGGACUCGAAGACGGGCAACAAACAAACGCACCAGGAGUCGCGAGACGGCGACGUGGUGCGCGGCGAGUACACGGUGCUCGAGCCGGACGGCUCGAUGCGCAUCGUGCAGUACACGGCCGACCCGCGCAACGGCUUCCAGGCAGUGGUGAAGCGGGCCGGCCAGCCGACCGAGGUGUACGGUGCCGCCGCCACCGCCACCGCACCAAAGCCGCAACACGCGAACAAUUACGACUCCUAUGAUGAAUAUGACUAAUAAUAAAUAAUUGGUAAAAAUGUCGAAUAGCCUGAAUGUAAAAUGAUCUUCAAGAAACGAUCUCAAACCUUUAGUAGCUGUAAAGAAUGAAUGCGGACAAUAAAUAAAUAAAUAACGAAUAAUAAUUAA